AUGGCCUCCUACCGUUAUAUCGUGACAUCUCCCCCUCAGUGGCAGGAUUCCCAAGUAACAGAGUAUACAGAAUCCGCCGCUGCCAACCCUCCGCAGUCCGUCGUGAUUUCCCCGAUGCUCCGACAAAUCCCACCACUCAACGAAAGGCAGUUGGAGGCUGGCGUGGGGUCGGCUAUCGUUAUCCCGUUAGCCGACGACGGUCGUUUCUAUCAUCGAUUGUUUCGAUCAUCGACUUUGGGGUGCUGGACACUGGUCGGAAACAACUGUCCACACCUACGUCGAUGGCAACCAGCCACGAUGCCCCCUCUGCCAGGUUUCAGCGAUAAUCCCUUCGCAACACGAGCGGAUCUAGUCGUUGCUGCAAGGUCUCUUCUCUCUGCGCUUGAGCCGUACAAGAGCGCCUCGCGUGCACGAAUAAAGCUGCCAGUUGCCACAGCGGCGGGCUUUGAUGAUACCGCCGCGCAGCUAGAAGGAUUCGCCCGGCCAUUAUGGGUCGUCCCAUACCUGUUUGACGAGCCAUCAACUGGGAAUCUCAAUUUGGAAUCAUGGAUGGAAGGUCUAAAGUCCGGGAUAGACCCAGCUGGUCCAGAAUACUGGGGCGACUUGGGAGACUUCGAUCAACGCAUGGUCGAGAUGGAAUCGAUAGCCGUUGCGCUCCUGGCAAAGCCUGGUGUCUUUCACGAUAGCAUGGGCGUUGAUCAAAGGAGAAAUCUGGCUGCUUGGCUGCGCAAGAUCAACGACCAUGAAAUGCCCCGCAAUAACUGGCUCUGGUUCCGCGUAUUUGUGAAUCUCGCUCUAAUCAGAUCCCUCGGCGUCUCUCGCGAUGCGCUCCAAGAUCAGAUAGAAGCCGAUCUAAGAACACUCGACACAUUCGAGAUAGGCGAGGGAUGGUCAAGCGACGGACUAUGGGGCGACGAACGGAAACAGGCAGAUUAUUACUCGGGCAGCUUUGCGAUUCAGUUCGCCCAGUUGCUCUAUGUACGGUUUGCCAGCGACGAGGAUCCGCAGAGAGCAGAGCGGUAUCGUCAGUCGGCUAGAGAGUUUGGGAGUGUGUUCUGGCGGUAUUUCGAUCCUGACGGCUCCGCCAUCCCCUUCGGCCGCAGUCUAACCUACCGCUUCGCCUUCGCAGCCUUCUGGUCUGCAGCAGCAUGCGCGGAUAUCCCCUUUCCUCCACCGUUAAACAGCCCGGGAACAAUAAAAGGCCUUCUCCUCCGACAUCUCCGAUGGUGGUCAAAGCAGCACCACAUCUUCAACACCGACGGAACCCUGAACAUCGGCUACACAUAUCCAAACAUGUACCUAGCUGAGAACUACAACUCGCCGCAGUCCGUCUACUGGUGUCUAAAGAGCUUCAUUGUGAUUAUGCUCCCUGAGAACCAUGAGUUCUGGAGUGUUCCAGAACUGCCUCACCCUUCUGCCUCAGUGACUGGAACCUCGACUGCGCUCGGAGAAGUGGAAGUCGUCUGGCCGCCCCGUCAUAUACUCUGCAAUACGCCGGAGCACACCUACCUCCUCUCAUCCGGCCAGAUGACGAAGAAGGGACAUAAAGCGCGCGAGGCGAAGUACGGGAAGUUUGCGUACUCAUCUGCGCUUGGGUUUAGUGUGCCGUGUGGGACUCUGCUUGAGCAGGUUGCGCCCGAUAGCACGCUUGCUGUGAGUUUUGAUGGCGGUGAGAAUUGGAGGGUUAGGGAGGCGCCUGUCGAGGAGAGGAUCCUUGAUAUCGAGGUUUUGGGUCGCAAUGUUGGAACUGUUCCGGGACUGUACAGUGCUUGGAAGCCCUGGAGCUUUAUGGAUUUCAGCAUUGAGACCGUCUUGAUUCCGUUGAGGGAGGUUUAUCCGGGCUGGCAUGUCAGGGUGCAUAGGGUGAAAGGAGCAGACAAAAUGCAAGGGCCAUGGGAACGGAUUCAAUUAAUUGACUCGGGCUUCGCUAUUGAUGCUGAGACGGCUUCUGGCAGGAUUAUCCCAAAAGUUCGGCGUGGCACCGCCAGUAUUGAAGGACACUGCACGGUGGAUUCUAGCUGUCUGAUAACUUCUCGCGCUGGAGCAAGCGGAAUCGUCGACUCAACAGCGGACACUGAGCUCGAGCUCUUAGCCUCAAGCAGCAGGGUGGACACGCAGGAAACUGUUAAGGCCAAAUGCAGAGCGUUCUGUCUGAGGCCUGACCCCAACACCAACAUUAUCGCGUCGAGGACCUUUAUACCGUCGGUACGUCAUGAGAUUGCGAUUGAGAAUCACGAGGGGGGUGAUGGAGAGAUCAUGAUUGUCUCUGGUGUCUUUGCUGUUGCAGCGUCUGCGGGGUUAGGGCAUGAGGUUGUGUAUGGCAUGUGGAUGAAGCGGCCGAAGCUGUCUAUCAGAAUAGUGGAUGGAGAAUUGGGUCGAGUUCAUUCAAGAGCUCGUAUCCCCGGCCACCGAUCAUCCGGUCGUCGUUUAACCGACACUCAAGCCCCCGGAGGAAGAUCGUCCGCAACCCACGCUCAAUCCCCCGAGGCCGAGCGCAUCCCUCGCGCUUCCAGAUACCCCGCACUCCGCGUCAAGGGUCCGGGGUGGUGGGUUGCUCUAAUCCAAUGA